AUGAAGCUCUCUCUGGGAUUCUCCGCCCCUGGCGCUUUGAGCGUCUACUUGGUCACUCUCGCUUCUGUGGGAGCCCUUGCCCGACCAUCCCCAGAGCCCAAGUCAGCAUGGGUCCGGAAGGGACAUGGCCGAAAGGCAAUAUCGGAUGUUCUCAAGGGGAAGAGGGACCUUCGUCGUUCAACAUCAACGCCUCUCAAUACCACUGCAUCUUGUGCCGGGGCUCUGGCCGCCGAGGUCUCUGCGCCCAAGGUGAACGUGUGGGCUGAGAUCGAAGGCACCGAUGCGGCUGCUGUUGUCUCGUGGUUGUUUAGCCAGCCUGAGUUCAAUUUGACCACCACAGAGAAUGCGACCGAAUGGGAUAACUCAGUGGUACUCAUCGAGGCAAUCCAGCCGAAUAAAUCAGACGUCUUGUCAUAUAUCGAUGGAUCUUCGUCAACACCGCCGAAAUGGGCGAAAGCUAUUCUAGACAUGCGGGCCUUUGAGGAGCCAUACUACCAGGAAAUCAUGGUUGGCCCUCUGCCAAUAAAUAACUCGACAACCACCUGGACACCUCUCACUUAUGGGUUGACAAAGGACAAUGCCGGCAAAGUUCGUAAUCUGGAUGCUGACAGCGAAUCAACGCUAUACACCGACUGGAUAUAUCCCAUCAGUGCUUCCGUUGCCGACAUCACACUCGAUCUCUGGAAUGGCACUGCUCUCGGCCUGGACAACGAUACCCUCGACAUAUUUGGCAUUGACCCUCUCUGGCAGGAUGACGGAAGAAUUGUCCGGUGGGAUACUUUUUGGAACUUGCCCGUGGACCAAUUCGAUGCCGAGACGCUUCUGCCCCUGGGUUUGUUUUUCAAAUCUGACGUGACUGGCCGCGACCCAAGCCAAUGGAAGCUAGAAGGAUGGUUAUAUAACGGCGUCUACUACGAAACUACUGAAGACUUCCGCAACGCUUAUUGGAGUGACGGGUUCGAGAAGCUGGGCGCUAAUGUCGAAGACGCCUGGGCUCAAACCGACCAGCAGGGUCCUGUCAUGCCAAUGGAUACUCUCUUCCCUCCAACAAUGGUUGCUCCAGCAGGCUCACGAUUCGGUGUCGACUCCAAGGAAAAGUACGUCGAGUGGAUGGACUUCAGCUUCUACAUAGGAUUCUCGCGCGAUACCGGAAUCUCACUCCAUGACAUUCGUUACAAGGGAGAGCGACUGAUAUACGAGCUGGCUUUACAAGAGGCCCUUGCUCACUACGCUGGCAAUGAUCCCGUCCAGUCUGGAACGUCUUACCUCGAUACGUACUAUGGCUUUGGGCCGUACGCCUUUGAACUCGUGCCGGGAUAUGACUGUCCGACGUACGCGACAUACCUCAACACAUCCUUCUACGUUUCUGAGACAACGCACACCCACGUCAACAGCAUCUGCCUGUUUGAAUAUGAUGCCGACUUCCCCAUCCAGCGCCACAGCACCAAGAACUACGUGACGGUGACUAAGAAUACCUACUUCUCUGUCCGUUCCGUGUCUACAGUCGGCAACUACGACUACAUGUUCACCUAUACUUUCUUCAUGGAUGGUUCGAUGGCAGUCGAGGUCCGUGCCUCCGGCUAUAUCCAAUCUGCCUAUUUCGCCCAAAAUCAAGACUACGGAUUUCAGAUACACGACCACCUGAGCGGAUCGAUGCAUGAUCACGUGCUCAAUUGGAAAGUUGAUUUUGACAUCCUCGGCACAGACAAUAGUGUUCAGCUGAUGACUCAGAAGCCGGUUACAACGACGUAUCCCUGGUCAGGAAACAAAACUCGCAAUACGAUGAAGCUGGAGCGGUCUUUUAUCGAGACUGAAGAUGACGGCCGCUUCAAUUGGGAUUUCAAUGGACAAACGCAGGUGCUCGUUGUGAAUCAGAACGAAACCAACCAAUAUGGUGAAUAUCGCGGAUAUAGAAUCUUACCAUAUACCGGCCUAGCGCACUUGACUGUUCAGAACAGCAGCAACUUGGUCAAUGCAGCGCAUUGGGCGGAGUAUGAUCUGCAAGUCACGAAACGCAAGGACACUGAGCCCAAAAGCGCCCACGCGUACAACAGCCAAGACGUACACGACCCUCCAGUCAAUUUCGAGACGUUUUUCGACGGCGAGAGUCUAGAGCAAGAAGACCUGGUCGUCUGGUUCAACCUGGGAAUGCACCAUGUUCCGCACACUGGCGACCUGCCUAACACAGUGUUCACCACGGCUCACUCCGGAAUGCAAUUCAUGCCAAGCAAUUACUUUACCAUUGACCAGAGCCGCAAUACUGUUAACAUGGUUCGCAUCGACUACAGCAAUGGCAAUACUUCUGCGGUGGAGCUGUUUGGCCAGAAGGUUGAAUCAGAAUCAUGCGAAAUUAACUACGCACCAGGCGAGGCCGAUCUAUGGGGUUACACUGGCGAUGUAGUUGUGCGCAAGUUUCCUUAUGAUCCCAAUAAUCCUUACUUCGAGACGGACUCGAUUGUGUAA